AUGGCAACAAUCAUAUUAGUUACUAUAAUUAUUUACCACUGUGUUUCAGUAAUAUAUUCCAAUGAAAAGAAAGACGAUUUUCUGACUUCAAUAGCAAUUUAUAUCACUAUUGGAGCUAAUCAAAAGUUAAAGAAAGAUUUUCGAGGCAAGUUUUGGGAAACUCAGCUUCCUAAUCCGCAUUUAGACUGCAAAAUUCAUUACGUUUCUGAUGCACCUUUCAAAAUAAAUAAUAUCACGAAAUGUCUUGUACCAAAGAGCGCAUAUAUAGAUAAAAUUAAUGAUAAAAUCUAUUGUCAAAGAACUUUCCUUGGGUGGGAACAUUUUUUGAUUCAUCACAAAGAAAUUAAGUGGUACUUCAGAGGAAUUCAUGAUACUUUCUUGAAUUUAACAAAUUUAGCUGAUUUACUGAAAAACAUCGAGAAAACGCAUGAUCCAAUGAAAGAAGAAAUUGCAGUUUACGGAGCCCAUGAAGUUGCUGGUAACUAUUACCCUCAAGGAGGUGGUGGAUUCCUUCUAUCACAUGGUGCAUUGAAAAAACUGUAUAAAUACAAAAAUGAGUUCCAUCAAAUUUGCCCGAUCCAAAAUGAUGACUUAGCAUUAGGUGUUAUGUUAGAAAGUUUUCUAGGUAUAAAUAUAAGUGAAAAUGCUUCAGACAGGUUCAUUGCAACUUGGCCAUAUGAAUUUAUCGAUGAAAUAUUAACAAAAAAUUACACAUCUUUUGUUAAAUGUCCACAAUACUAUAGAAUGCAUUAUAACUCUAGUUAUUUGAAACCAAUACGAGUUGAAUCUUGCGUUUCUUUCCAUAUGCAUGGAAUUGAUAUGGAUGUUGCUCUAGAAUUACUUAAAUCAUCUCCAAAAAACCUAUUUGUUUACUACACAGAAAGUGCAAGCCCAAGAUUUUGUUUUCCAUAA